AUGGCGUUCCACAUUCCUCGUUCCGGACGGCACGCGCGGCGUAGCGCGCUGGCUGCGCUGAUUGCAAGCUUGGCAUUCUUGGCGUACAGGAGCCUUCCAUUUGUGGCUCCGAGCCAGGAGAACCGAGGCAGUUUGGUGCCCAAGUCAUCCAUGGCGCCCAAGCCCGGCAUGGUGGAGGUUGACGCCAUUGCCGACGGUCGCAUCUUCGUGUCCAUCGCCGCCUACGCCGAUCCCGAACUGCCCAACACCAUGCUGUCGUUGCUCAGCGCGGCGGAGCGGCCGGAGUUGAUCCACUUUGGCAUUGUCUGGCAAGGUCCCGGAAGUGGAUUUGCAGCGGAAGAUCUCUCUGAGCUUGCAAAGUUCUGGACUGCGGAGGUGAACGAGCGUUUCGUGACAGAUAUGCAGCUUCCACAUGGCAGUGUACCACUUUGGGAGAUGUUGGAUGGCCGUGUACGAUCCAUCCGCAUGGCUGCUGAGGACGCCCGAGGUCCAUGUUGGGCUCGAUAUUUGGCACAGCUCCUUUGGGAGAAAGAAGAGUUGCAGCUCCAGUUGGAUAGCCACAUGCGAUUUGUUCCAGGUUGGGAUACUAAAGCCCGUGACGAGUUGAAAUUCUGCAGUCAGAGUUCCGAGAAACCCAUCUUGUGCUCCUAUGGCGCGGGCUACUCCCUCGGCACACCAUAUUGGGAGACUCCAAAGGGCUCCAGCCAGACGAGUGUGAACUGCGCCAACACCUUUGAUUCUGACGGCAUUCUCCUGAUCAAAGCAAGAGAAUUGAAGGCUCCACUGGACGAGCCAAGGAAGCACUACUUCUGGGGCGCGCAGUUUUCCUUCUCCUCGGCGGACGUCCUCUGUGAAGUGCCCUAUGAUCCGCAGCUGCAGAUGGAGCUCUUUGCUUCACUUCUCAAGGUCCGCUCUUUCUGGGUUUUAGCUGAGUCCCAGUGCCGCGUUCUGUCGCAGUUGGAAAGCGGCAGAGCCGUGGCCGGCACGGAGAGAUGGCCCCUUCCAGGUGGUGGUGUGUCCAACCCUGAGAAGGACCACUUCAGUCUGGGCACGCACAGAACUUUGGAGGACUAUCAGGUGGCGGCUGGCGUCAACUUCCGAGAGAAGCGAUUGGAGGCUCGAGCUUUGCGUGGAGGUGAUAACCAUCACAGAGAAGAUGAUUUCAAAGAGGCCAUGGUUCUGCCACCUGGCUGA